GAAAGUGCAGCGAUAGGGCAGGCUUUACAACGGCGCGUGCGGCGAUGCGAAUGCGGAAGUGGCAUUGUACCGUUUAGCACUCAGUGCGCUAAUUUUGUGACUGUUCCCGAGCUAUGUGGGUGCGGUGACGGGGCUGCACCAGCUUGGUCCGGAGGGUCCGCGUGCGCUGGAUGCGGUAAGGGGCGCGGCGGGCGACGCGAGCCCCGCCGGUGCCGGCGGCGCCGUGGCGAUGACGGUGCAGCGCGACGAGCGCGAGGCGCGCGCGCCGCGCACCAGGUUUAUGAUCACGGACAUCCUGGACGCGGCCCCGCGUGACCUCAGCGCGCACCGGGACUCCGACUCCGACCGAUCAGCCACCGACUCACCAGGCGUGAAGGAUGACUCGGACGACAUUUCGAGCAAGAGUUGCGGCGGCGACUCGUCGAGCCUGGCCAAGAAGCAGCGCAAGGCGCGCACGGCCUUCACCGACCACCAGCUCCAGACACUCGAGAAGUCGUUCGAGCGGCAGAAGUACCUCAGCGUGCAGGACCGCAUGGAGCUGGCCGCCAAGCUGGGGCUGACCGACACGCAGGUCAAAACGUGGUACCAAAAUCGACGGACGAAAUGGAAGCGUCAAACGGCGGUAGGGCUAGAGCUGCUGGCGGAGGCGGGCAACUACGCAGCCUUCCAGCGGCUGUACGGCGGGUACUGGGCCGGGGUGCCGGCGUACCCCGCGCAGCCGGCGCCGGCCGCCGACCUGUACUACCGGCAGGCCGCCGCCACCGCCGCCGCCGCCGCCUCCGCCAACACGCUGCAGAAACCGCUGCCUUACCGGUUAUACCCGGGCGCACCACUAGGGUCGGUGCCACCACUGGGGCUCGGGCUGCCGGGCCCGUCCGCGCACCUGGGCGCGCUGGGAGCGCCCGCGCUGGGCGCGCUCGGCUACUACGCGCAGGCGCGCCGCACGCCUUCGCCCGAUGUGGACCCCGGCAGCCCCGCGCCGCCGCCGCGGUCCUCGAGGGAGCCCUCGGUCGACCGCCGCACCGACGACGACGACGACGAUGAACCUAUACACGUAUAAUUCCAGUGAUUGUGAUCUAUGGACCAGUUAAAUUAAACAAAACUUGCAUGUCGACAAAAGACAAUUAACUUGCGAAACUGUGAGACUGCGAAAGUGAAGACUUUACGUGCGGUAUCGUGUUUUGGUAUUCUAUUUUGUUACCUUAAUCCCAAUUUUGGUAGAAUUAAAUUAUUGCUCCAUUUAAGUAUGAUGACGUUGAUUUGACAAAUCUGUUACGUAUUAGCUUUUCUACCGUUCUUAAUAUCGGGGAGUGAUCGAGAAGUGUGGACGGCGGCAGUCCAAAACAUGUGAUAUCUUAAACCCAGAUUUGAUAUAAGAACUUUUAACUUAACGUGUACAAUAUUAAUUGAUGUCAUAGGUAUAACUAUUAGUAUUAUAGAGUACACAUGCUUGAAGAGGACAAUGUGUCGGUCGGACUUUGAGACCAUAGGUCCUUCGUCGGCGGGUAGUAAAGACGCUACGCGUAAAAAUUUAUGAGUAAACUUAUAUAGUACACAAAAGUGGCUUUAUCAUCUCAGAAAGCUCGUUGAAAAAUAAUUGCUCAGUAGACCUGCUAAGCGUAUAGAUAAGUAAGUUCCACGUGGGCAAGCUAACUGCCUAAAAGCACGUUCGCACGCUAGGCGUUUGCCGGAUAAUUCGCCGUUAACGUAGCAUGAACAAUUGAGCAAAUCGCGUUCAGGCGAAUAGAACGUCCACUACUCUGCGGGCGUGCUCCCUCGCCAUCCUAACAAUAAGCUACCUGUAUUGACGACUCCGGUUAUUGCAAUAACCGACUACUCCGGACUGGGCUCAUUAACAGAUUGUGAGAUUUCGUACAUAAAAUAGUUUUUGAUAAAUUGUAAGCUGCUGGUACGCAAGAGCGCAAAGAUAUUAAGGUUCUGACUAUAUGCACGUGUAGUAAGUAACAGAAGAACACCUAGUGAAUGUUUUUUCUUAUGUACCGUCGGUCCGGAGGGUACUGAGAAUGUGCACUGCGCACAUUUUCUGAUCCUACCGUUGAUUAUUCGACCCGUGGCUAGACAGCGUGAAUAAUUCCAUCCUGUUGCAGCUGAAUGUGCACAUGACAACCGAGACGACUUCUUUGCCGUCAGUGUUCUUCAUGCAGUACCUAUGCAAGCACUAUUUUGUUCAAUCUUGUACAUAAGUUAGACAUUUAACCCCUUUUUCAUUUCGGCUGUUUACUUUUGAUUUACAGAUUAAAUUGCUUUGAGUAACGGAUUGGGUAUACCUGAAAGGUAUUGUUUAGUUUCCCUCGGAUUAUAUAAAUAUGUAGUGAGUACCUAUCUAAUUGCUACUAUUAAAUUUGCCCGUAACUCGAAUCUUACACGAACACAGUCCAGGUGUACUUAAAAACCCAUUCUAGCAAUGGGAAAUAUUGAAUAAGUUAGAUAUAUAAUAAUAAAUGUUUUCGAAACACGCAAUAAUCGAAAUAGUUGUUAAGUAAAGAAUUGUGUGUAGUGAUGCAACAUUCCAAAAAUAAUUGGAAACUAUUUGCAAAAUUGCAGAAACUGUAUAUUAUAUUAUCUAUAUAAAUAUAACUAAUGAUAUUAUGUAUGUAUUGUUAGUAUUAAAUACACAGCUAAAGUAUUAAAUGUAUGUUGAGAAGUACCUUAUGCUUCGGGUACCAGCUAUGGCGAUGUACUUAAGCAUUCCGACCGUGACAUGCUAUGUCCGAUAGAUCUUGUGGUGUUUUGUAAUUAAAAUGUUGUCAAUUAAGAUAA